CCCCGGCAUAAGCAGGUGGCAUCCAUCUUGUCUUGGAGUCAUGGCUAGCUGGAGGAGCAACAACAGUGGUGGUUUUGGUGUGGUCUUGCUGAUUUGGCUGGGCUUGUAUGCCACUGGAGUUCAGUGUGUCUCAGUGUUCCCACAAGGCCAGUCGGGUCAGACUCCACGGUGGAGCCGAGAGCAGAAAAUGGGUGCAGAGCCCCCCUCCUCCAAGUGCGCAGUGAGUGAGGAUGAAAGGCUGCAAUGUGGUGAUCCUGAUAUCACAGCAGCUGAUUGUGAAGCAAUUGACUGCUGUUUUGAGCAAGGCCAGUGCUUUUAUGGAAGGGCAGUGACCGUUCAGUGUACCAAAGAUGGUCAGUUUGUAGUGGUUGUGGCGAAGGCUGCGACUCUCCCACAGCUGAGCCUAGAGUCCAUCGCCUUGCUGGAAGGAGAGGAAGAGGCCUGUUCCCCUGUCGGCCUCAUGGAGACCUAUGUCAUGCUCCAGUUUCCAGUCAGUGCUUGUGGCACUACUGUAACGGAACAAAAUGGCUAUGUGGUCUAUGAAAAUGUCUUGUCCUCUGCUUAUGAGGUGGCAGCUGGACCUCGUGGCUUGGUCACAAGGGACAGCAGCUAUGAGCUCCUGUUUCAGUGCAGGUACUCUGAUAUGGCUGUGGAGGCUCUGGUUGUGGAGGUGAACACCGUUCCUCCCCCAGAGUCUGUGGUUGUAGUUGGACCCCUGAGGGUGGAACUCAAGCUAGGCAGUGGACAGUGUUUGACUAAGGGAUGUGUGGAAGAUGAGGAAGCGUACACCUCGUACUACACUGAGGCGGACUACCCAGUCACCAAAACGCUCAGACAGCCGGUGUACGUGGAGGUCCAUGUGCUGGAGAGGACUGAUCCGAACAUCGUUCUCCAGCUGGGAGAGUGUUGGGCAACCUCCAGCCCCAGCCCUCUCAGUCUACCCAAGUGGGACCUGCUGGCCAAUGGAUGUCCCUAUGAUGAGGACCGUUACCAGACCACAAUGCUUCCUGUGACUAGUGUUCAGUAUCCUACACACUACAAACGCUUUGCUGUCAAAAUGUUCACCUUUGUGGAUGGCGACACUUAUCUUCCACUCAAAGAGAAGGUGUUCAUCCACUGUAGCACCGCUGUCUGCUAUCCCUCAGCCAUGGAUUCGUGUGAACACGCAUGUCACAGGCAAAGGAGAGAUGUUUCUGCACAGGAUCGUACUAAAGCAUCCAUCAUAGUAUCCAGUGGUGAAGUGCUUGUCAUUGACUAAUUGAAACUACUAAAACAAGAAUUAUUCAAAAAUAAUAAAACUUGUUUAAAUUUG